ACACACACUACAGAAUAAAAGUAAAAUACUGAAGCAUAAACCCACGCGAACAACUCUUUGAACUCUGCAGCAGCUACCUCUUGUCAAUCUCGGGUGGAAGAGAUGUUUCUGCGUGUGUCGGCAUCAAAUUUGCUUAAAAAACUUCGCUUUCCUGCUUCCCAUGCCUUCCCUGCCUCUACAGCUACCAAAAAUGCAUUGCCCAUUUCAUUUUCCGGUAAACUCAAACUUUCCCAUUGCUACCAUACUGGUUCAGAUGGUUGGAGGAUAGAUCUUAGGGAUCCUUGUGUAUGGAUCGUUAUAUCUGGACAUGUAGCAAUGACUUUAGGAAUUAGUGCCUGCACUGUAUUUGCAGAAGGUGCAACAACUGAAGCAUCUUCUGAUAAUGGACUGGGGGAUGACAUAAUUGGAUUAAAAAAAGUUGAGGAUGACUCUGUAGUAUCAAACAUACAUACAGCAAAAUGGAGAGUCUUUACAGAUAAAGCGAGAGAAGUUUUUCUGCAGGGAAAAUUAGAUGAAGCUGAAAAACUCUUCCUUUCUGCUAUACAAGAAGCUAAAGAAGGUUUUGGGGAGCAAGAUCCACAUGUUGCUUCUGCAUGCAACAAUCUGGCAGAACUGUACAGGGUCAAAAAGGCAUUUGACAAAGCAGAACCAUUGUAUUUGGAAGCUAUCAACAUACUGGAGGAAUCUUUUGGUCCUGAUGAUGUACGGGUUGGGGUUGCUGUUCACAACCUUGGGCAAUUCUACCUUGGACAGAGGAAGUUGGAAGAAGCCCGUGUUAGCUAUGAGCGUGCUUUGAAGAUAAAAAGGCGUGUUCUGGGAUAUGGCCAUUCAGAAUGUUCAGAUACAAUGUAUCAUCUAGGAGUGGUGCUGUAUCUUCAAGGAAAAGAAACGGAUGCUGAGGCCAUUAUUAAGGACUCUAUAAGGAUGCUAGAGGAAGGUGGUGAAGGGGAGUCAUUUGUCUGCAUUAGAAGACUACGGUACCUCUCACAGAUAUAUUUGAAGUCACAUCGAGUUGCUGAAGCCGAGAUGGUCCAGAGAAAAAUCCUGCAUGUUAUGGAAUUGUCCAAGGGGUGGAAUUCCUUGGACACAGUUAUUGCAGCUGAAUCCUUGGCUCUGACCCUGCAAGCAUCUGGCAAUACAAAAGAUUCAAAAGAACUUCUUGAAAGAUGUCUUAAUGUCCGAAAGGACUUACUUCCUGGUGACCAUAUUCAGAUUGGAGCAAACCUACUUCAUCUAGCAAGAGUUGCAAUGCUUGACUGCAGUCAACAUAAAAAGUUCGAUGUAUCUAGAGCUAAAGCUGAGCUUGAUAUAGCAAAGGAUCAUUUACAUAAUUCCAUAAGGAUUGCACGUCAAUGUUUAGAGAAGGUAUUUAAACAAAAAGAAAAAUUAAAGAAAUACAGCAAGCUUGGAGAUUCUAGAAAGGAAGGCCAAGCUGCGUUGGCCAUAUUGUUGCAAUCACUCAAUACAUUGUCAUCAGUGGAGUUGGAUAAGCAAGAAUUGCAGGAAACUCAGGGAGGGGAUAUUAACGUUAAAGCUCAGGAUGCACUUCUUCAAUGCAUUUCUGCUUACAAGGAGUUUGUAUAUUAUGAGAGGUCAAUUGCUGAUGCCCCUGAAAUAAAGAACGAGUAUCUUUCAUGUUUAAGGCGCGCCCAAAAUUUGCUUGGUCAUAAACUUGAUGAAGAGCUAAGCAAUCAGAAGGAUUUCCGAAAGCUGAAUCUAACACCUUGAUGGGUUUCUUUUUCCUUUUUUUUUUUUUGAGAAAAGGUGGGGGGUUUACUUAAUAGGAAAUUUAUGUUGAUAAAGAAAAUAAUAUACAAGGGAUUUUUUACUUGGAAGAAAUAAAUAAACCAAUAUUGAUAACGAAGUCAAUUGCCACUGGCUAUGGCGUCAAAAAUAUUGUUAAACCAUACUUCGUGUGGUUAUUAAUUACAUUACCUUGAUAUUGUAUUGUUC